GCCUCUCAGCAAAAACCAGCGACUCGUACCGUCAUAAUCGGCCUGGAAUGCUGGUAUAGAUCGUCAUUGGCCCGCGCCGCUUAAAUAAGAGUGUCUGAUCACCGUGGCUUGGCCGUGGGCCUGUUCCCCCCCCCUUCGUCCAGUCUUUUCCCCUGCUCUUCUUUUCGAUGUCGCCGUCGUGUCUGAACAAUUCAACUUCUUCCUCUCAUUUGAUCUGAAAGCGCCCGCCAUGCUUUCGACGCUUGUCUGUCUCGGACUGCUGGUGACGGCCGGCCAGGCAAGCAGCAACGCGUCCGACCUGGUUGGGACGUGGUCGACGAAGACGCGCAAAGUGAUUACGGGGCCGGUAGGAGACCAUGAUCCACUGGCAGUGAUAGUGCGAGUUCAUUCUGACUAUUUGCAGACUUUCUAUGACCCUGUGAAUGAUACGCUGCUCGAACCCUCCUUGACGGGGUAUUCCUACUCGUUCACCUCCGACGGUCACUAUGAAGAGGCUUACUAUCGCGCCAUUCCGAACCCCGCCGACCCUGCUUGUCCGAAAGGAAUCAUGCAGUGGCAACACGGCACCUACACCGUGAGCAGCGACAACGAGCUGAAACUGACGCCGAUCGCCGUCGACGGGCGCCAGCUGCUGUCGGAGCCUUGUUCCUACGACGUGGGCAUCUACACGCGGUACAACGAGACGGAGACCUUCCCGGGCUUCAAGGUGUACACCGAUCCUUACCACGGCGUCAAACGCCUCGAUCUGACCAGCUUCGACGGCUCCCUCUUGCACCCGAUGUACCUCGUCUACAAGCCGCCGGAGAUGCUGCCGACCUCGACGCUGAACCCGACGGUCACAGAAACGGUCAGCGCCAAGCGCAAGCGUGAUUUGUUCACGACCGACGAAGAGCGCGAGGAGAGGGUGGUUGGCUCGCCGUACGGGACACUCGCCGUGCGGAAACGCACGGUCGAACCCGCCAGCGCGGACCGGUGGUGGUGGUUCGGCGUUGUCCUGACCUCCGCGGGGGGGGUCAUGAUGCUUACCUUCUAAUAAUGCUGGGGGGGAAGUGUGUGGCCUGUUUAGAUGGAUGGCUUCGUAACCUGUCUGCAUUGGCGUUUGUUAUGUCCGGGUAUGUCUGCAUGAGGCGUCGGGUGUAUAUUAGAUUUUUAUCGCUUUUUAUCGUUAUAUUAUUUCUUGGAGCAAUGAUUGAACCUCUACCAUAUCGUACAAAACGUCUUGAUAUACAACCUUACACCCUGCACGGUUUUUAUACGCUCUUCACACCCUCCUUGGCUAUGCGAGCCACCACUGCCCUCUCGGCUGGCUUCCCAUCCAACGCACCCCCCGGCGCAAACAGCGC